UAGUCGAUAUAUUGACAGCCAACAAAAACGUUGACCUCCGCUCUGUAUCAUUUACCAUGGGCGCUUUCAAGAUUGUCGUCUUUGCAGGCGACUAUUGCGGACCUGAAGUCACAGCAGAAGCACUCAAGGUGCUCAAGACGAUCGAAAAGUCAAGGCCUGACAUCUCCUUUGAGAUCGAUAACCAGCUACUUGGAGGCUGUUCAAUUGACGCGACGGGAUCGCCUCUCACGGACGACGCGCUCACGGCCGCGAGCAAUGCCAAUGCGAUUUUUCUCGGCGCUGUCGGAGGACCGAAAUGGGGCACUGGUCAAGUCCGCCCAGAGCAAGGUAUCCUGAAGCUUCGGAAAGAGCUCCAGCUUUUCGGCAACCUGCGACCCUGCUUCUUCGCAUCCGAGAGCCUCGUCGAGAACUCCCCCUUGAAAGAGUCGGUAUGCAAAGGUGUAAACUUCAACAUCAUCCGCGAGUUGACAGGCGGCAUAUACUUUGGAAAGAGGCAAGAGGUAGACGACAAGGGCUUCGCCUUCGACACUGAGGAAUACACGCGCGACGAGAUUGCUCGUGUGACACGACUGGCGGCGUACCUCGCUCUGCAAGAAAAACCUCCCUUGCCUGUGUUCAGCCUCGACAAGGCCAACGUCAUGGCAACGAGUCGGCUCUGGCGUGCGACGGUGACGGACAUAAUGAAGAACGAGUUCCCGCAGCUGUCCAUCACACACCACCUCAUUGACUCUGCAGCUAUGCUCAUGGUCAGGAACCCGCGCGCACUGAACGGAAUCGUCGUGACAAGUAAUCUGUUUGGUGAUAUCAUCAGUGACGAAGCUAGCGUCAUUCCGGGUAGUCUUGGGCUGCUUCCAAGUGCCAGUCUUAUGUCUAUCCCUGACGGAAAGACAAGAGUCAAUGGUGUUUACGAGCCAAUUCAUGGCUCGGCACCCGACAUUGCCGGACAAGGAAUAGUGAAUCCCGUCGCUGCAAUCCUGUCAAUAGGCAUGAUGCUGAAGUACUCGCUAUGCCUACCCGACAUCGCCAAGGCCGUGGACGAGGCAGUCCGAAGGGCUAUUGAGAAUGGAGUGAAGACUGCGGACAUUGGAGGAAAGAACACAACCUCUGAGGUUGGUGACGCAGUCGUGAAGGAGCUCGCCGAGAUAUUGAGCAAGAAUUAAGCCAAUCCUACGUAAGAGGGUCAGCCC